GUGCAGCACGCGGCCGGUCGCAGUUUACGGUCCGUCCGGUGCGCGCGGAGCCCGUUUACCGGAGGUUUACCGGCGGUUUACCGGCAGGAUGCAGCUCCGGAGGGAUGCCGGGAGAUGCUGAAGCAGCGCCGGGCUUCUGCUCCGCCGUCCUCCCGAACCUCCUCCCGAACCUCCUCCCGAACCUCCGGGACCUCCACAGCCUCCCCUGCUGCUUUGUCUUCCCGUGGCCCGCAGACAGCGACGGAGAGCCGUCUGGUGUUCCAGAGUUGGACUGCAGCCACCAGCAGCAGGUCCAGACCAUGAGUUUGUACGGUUCCGGUUCUGGUUCCGGUUCUGGUACCGGUUCUGGUUCUGGUGCCGGUUCUGGUACUGGUGCCGUGGGCGGGACCAGAGAACGAGGAGGAGGAGCUGAAUAUUACCGGGAACAACGGCGGUGCUCCAGCGAUCGAUCACGUGACUCCUCCCACGAGCGAUCGGAGAGUCAGCUGACGCCAUGCAUCAGGAACGUGACGUCUCCGACCCGACAGCACGAUCGUGAGCGUGGGGAUGGAGGUUCCUCCUCCAGGUCCUCCAGUCCUCGUCCUCCCAGAGGUUCUCUUCCUUACGCCCCAGUAGGAGGAGCUCUGAUCGGAGGACACAUCCCUCGGUCUCGGGGUCUGGCCGGAGCCGACCACCACCCCAAAGUUCUGGGUCCAGGAUCCUGUGAUCUGAUCUACGUCUACGACCUGAGCAGUAAAGAAGGCCACCGAGGAGGCCUCAGGCUCGGGGAACGAGUGACGCUUAUUGUGGAUAACACCAGAUUUGUGGUGGAUCCGGCUAUUUUCACCGCUCAACCCAACACCAUGCUGGGCAGGAUGUUUGGUUCUGGACGGGAAAACAACUUCACUCGACCCAACGAGAAAGGAGAGUUCGAGGUCGUCGACGGCAUCAGUUCAACCGUCUUCAGAGCAAUUCUGGAUUACUACAAGUCGGGGAUAAUCCGCUGCCCUGACGGCGUUUCCAUUCCUGAGCUGAGGGAGGCAUGUGACUACCUCUGCAUCUCCUUCAACUACAGCACCGUCAAGUGCAGAGACCUGAGCGCCCUGAUGCACGAGCUGUCCAACGACGGCGCCCGGCAUCAGUUCGAGUGCUACCUGGAGGAGAUGGUUCUGCCGCUGAUGGUGGCGAGCGCUCAGAGCGGCGAGCGGGAAUGUCAUGUGGUGGUUCUGACCGACGACGACGUGGUGGACUGGGACGAAGAGUAUCCUCCUCAGAUGGGCGAGGAGUAUUCUCAGAUCAUCUACAGCACCAAACUUUAUCGCUUCUUCAAAUACAUUGAGAACAGAGACGUGGCCAAAUCAGUGCUGAAGGACCGAGGCCUGAAGAAGAUCCGUCUGGGGAUAGAAGGAUACCCGACCUAUAAGGAGAAGGUGAAGCGGCGUCCCGGCGGUCGUCCUGAGGUCAUCUACAACUACGUCCAGCGUCCGUUCAUCCGGAUGUCCUGGGAGAAGGAGGAGGGGAAGAGUCGCCACGUUGACUUCCAGUGUGUCAAGUCCAAGUCCACGACCAACCUGGCGGCGGCCGCCGCCGACAUCCCCCAGGACCAGCUGGUGGUGAUGCAGCCGCCGGGGCCUCAGGUGGAUGAGCUGGACACUCUGCCGCCAACACCGGGUGGUGUCGACCUCCACCAGCCACCGCUCGGACCGGACAACAACCAGGGACCGCCGGCGGUCUACGAGGCCCAGACCCAGCAGGACAACAGAGAACACAGCAUUGCCCACGGCAACCAGCAGCAGCAGCACACUCAGGCCACGUACCACUACGACCCCGACACCCCGUCACCCUCUGCAUGAAGCCCCGCCCACAGACUGUUAGCAGCCAUCAUCUGAGGAGGAUCAGUUCCUGUUCCAGACCAAUGUUUCUUUAACACCUGACCCUUACCCCCAGAACCUCCUCAGAACCUCCUCAGAACAUCUGCUUCUUUAUCUCCAGUAACUUAAUGAUCAGGGAUCUACCUUCAGACGGAAUAUUUCCAGAGUUCCAGGUCCUUGAAGUCCAUAGAGGAGGGUCCAGAUUUAUCACUUUAGAUGGACUUUUCCCAUCAUUUCUGAGCCUCAGAACUGGACCCACCUCUAUGGACUUCAAGGACCUGGAAUGUUCUAAGUGAGACUAAACUUAAAGACUGGAAGCAGGAAAGGAGAACGUCCCCUGGAGAAAGUUCUAGAGUAGACCUACAAACAAUGGUUGUCGGUAGGUCUACUCUUGAACUUUCUCCAGGGGACGUUCAAGAGUAUACCUACCUCUUGAAUGGUUCUAAAGUAUACCUACCGACAACUGUACAGUAGAACUGGAACUUUUGUAAAGAGGUAGGUGUGCUCUUGAACGUCUCCUGGAGAAAGUUCUAGAGUAGACCUACCGACAACUGUUAGGUCUAGAACUUUCUCCAGUUGUCGGUAGGUCUACUCUAGAACUUUCUCCAGGGGACGUUCUCCUCUAUGGACUUCAAGGACCUGGAACUCUGGAAAUAUUCUCAGUCUGAAGAUAGAACUCUGAUCAUUAAUAAAUUUUCUGCAGAUGAAGAACCAGAAGUUAAAGGUUCAGUUUGUUAGAAGUUCACUCUGACGGCAGCAACAGAAUUGUCACUGAGGAGAAAGAAUUUAAACUGGAGAAGCACAUGAAGAUGGAUCACCUCUUGUUGCUCUCAGUGAGAACUUCUACAUCUUCUGAAUCAUCUUCUCCAUCUCCUUCCUCCACCACUUUGCCUUGUCGUUGUUCAUUGGCUGCAGCUGGUUUCUCAGUGUCUGGAUGAUCAGAAGAACAUCGUUGGUCCAGUUUGUUGUUUUCUGGAGUCGCUGGAAGUUUGUUUUUCACACCAUAGUUUUUAAAUCCUCCUCGUCUUGUUGGUUUCUUCUUGUUUUUACAGUUUUUUGUCCUGACUGAGGACAGAAUCCACAAUGAACACAAUGUUUUUAAAUAAAGAAUUCACAACAACUUCAGACUCUCUUAUUUCAAUCUGUCAGAAAGUCUUCAGAUUUCCAUCAAUAAUAAUACUAAUAAUAACAAAGUGUUUAUAUUUCUGUUGGUCUUUACCAUAAAAAAAAGCUGCUCAGGAACGUUUACAUGAUUAAUAGUUUUUUUUUUUUUUUUUACUUUAAAACUGGAAUUAAUUCGGUAAAUUUGUAUAAAAUCUCAAGUUUUAGGCUCUAAACCUUAAUAUUGGAAACAGUUCAGUAAAUAUUUUCAUUUCUAUUAUGUUGUGGUUAACUUUAAUAAUUAAAUUAAAGUUGAAGGAUAUGAAGUAUAUUACGGUCUGGUCCGUGUAUAUUUUGGCAAUUGGAUUUUCCGUUCUGAAACGGGUAUUGAAAAAAAACGAGUGGUUAUUUGGUUUUCGUUUUAAAAUACAAAAAUUAAAAUUGAAAUACAAGGCGUUUUUCCUUUUCAUGAUCAAAAAGGGAUGUACGAAAUUUUAAAAAUGCUUUGAUUUUCAUUUUAUAUUUAGAAUAACAAAAAAAUAAAAUUAGUAAGAGACAGAAACGACAAAAGGUCAGUUUUUUCAUUUUCUGAGACCGGAAGUGGUCAUCAGCAAGCGUGGAGCCAAACGACAAGAAGAUUCUCAGAGGGCGGAGCCAGAGAGCAGUGAUUGGUCAGACUGACUGAGAGCCAGAGAGCAGUGAUUGGUCAGACCGUAGAUAAUAUAGAAGACAGCUCGCUAGCGGAUCUAGUCUGCUAUAUAUCUAUGGUUAGCACGUCUGGUAGCAUCUCUGACUGCUGUUGAUCUUGUUUUUGGAGUAAAACACGGUGGAAGCUGAAUUAGUGAGGAUGACUCCUGCUCCUGUCAUCUCUAAGCUCCUCACACAUCUUUACCUGCACAUGAGGAAAAUCACUCCUGUAGAAUGCAGAUGUUCAGAGGGAGAUGAUGCCACAUCUGGUCCAGCAGAUGGAAGGUCUUGAAGUUCUCUGACUGGCCUCGACUGAAGAUGGUCGUCUCACUGGAUUUAAGGUUCAGAUGCUCAGUAACAAACUCCACCAAUGAGCCAACAGGGAAGCUUUAGGUUUAUUAAAUGUUGCUAUGAAGGUUUCGCUGUUUUUCUUUGUGAAUGCAAUGAGCUCCAACUGAAACUUGAAUUAGAACUUAGAAGUAAAUCCUUCCAUCUGAAAGGAUUUAGUUGCAUUAAUAACCUCAUAACAUUCUAAUUCUUAUUCCAGUCUUGGUUGGAAAUAGAAUCUCUGUAUUGAUUCAGGUAAAAACUGAACUUCACAGCAUGUUGGAGCAAAACAACCAGAUGAAAACUGUGAUGGUGUUGGAUUGUCAGACCGUAAUGUUGCAGCUCAAAGCAGCUUUUCUAGCUCAGUUCAUUCUGACAUUCAGCUAUGAAUCAACACAGCAGAUGGUGAUCCAUGCUGUGGAAAUCUCACAUCUCCUGAUUUAAUGGGGCUGCUUUGCACUUUUUACGCUGUUUAUUCACCAACACUUUAUUUAAUAAAAGUCCCAUCUAGUUUUUAUGAGGAAUGUGAUGUUUUAAUUUCUCUUUAAUUUCUCUGAAUAACUGCAGUCUAAUGCAACAGCUGGAAUUGUAACAUCUGUCCUGAUAUUGAGCAUGAAGUAUUGAUCAGAAUACUUAUGGUUAGCAGUCAUCCCUGAAGUUUUACAUUCAAAUCUUUACUUGUGUUGUGAACUUUGGUAAGAAGCAGAAACUUUAGCGUUGCCAUGGAUACAUGAGUGUUAAAUUCUGUCCAUGUUUCCAUUUUGGGAAAUUCAGUCCAGCAGAUGAGUUUGUUUUUACUGCCAGCUACCAUUCAGUCUGAGAUAUUAAGAAUAAAUAAAUAAAUAAAUGUGCAUAAUGUGGAAAUGAACAGAUUUUAUUUUUAUUUAUUCCUACAGCAUGUAAAGUUCCAGAAUGUGGAGGAAUUUAGUCUCACAAUCACAGACAAUAAAUAUUAUCUGAAAGUCGGGUUAUUAUUGUUUAUCAGCACAAUACAAAAAGAUUCAUGUUAGAAAUAUUCCAGUUAAGACUCUAGAAUAUCAUGAUUUAUGUAAAUUUACCUCAAUAAUAUGAAUGUUCAGGUUAAGAUUGUGCAGUGAUAUUUAUUAUGUAAGUUUAGCUGAUUAAAGUUUAUGACGCUGCACUACAAUAUUUAUUAUUUAAAUUUACAUCAUUAUUAUAAUAUUUAGGCUCAGACCCUACAGUACUGAGAUUAAGAAAUCAAAUAUUCUAUAAAAUCUAAAUACACUGAACUCAUUUGGAUAUAUUUAAGUGAGACUCUACAAUAUUAUUUAUGACACAAAUCUAUCUAAAUCAAAAUUUUAAUCAUUUUUACUCCAAACAUUUACUGGACUGAUUUAAAUAUUAAAAUCACUCCUUUCUAAUCCUCUGCUGUAUGUUCAAACCUGAGGCCUUAAAUAGAAACACACAAGUAUCUGAUUGAAGGAACUUCUGCAGAGUCCUGGUUCCACAACAUGAUGAUAGAAUUAUAGACAAACUUUAACAAAAGCUGCCUGAGAGUUUACAGCUUUUUAUGUUAGAUUUCUUCAGUAAUUUAAUGAGAGUUAUCAGCAAAAAUCAGGUGUUCAUUUGAUGAACUUCAUUUCCUAAAACAUCCAGAAUUGGAGCUCAUAUCUUUGGCAGCUGUAAAGUUUCUGCUCCUUCAAAGUUCACAACACAAUGAAUGAAUUCCUAAAACACUCUCAAUGCUGGAGAGCGUUUGAUGCUGAAGCAGUGACCAGUUUUUCUGUUUCUUCUCUGGAGAUGCACAAUGAGGGACAUCUGCAGAGACUGAGAAAGAGUCUCACCACAUCCUGACAUGAGGAAAAAGACUUUAUUGAAGACUACAAUGAGAAAAACUAUCAGACAGCAGACGGCUGCAUUCAAGGUGAGAUCUGAACAUUUGAUCUGGAACAGGAAUUCAAUAACGGCAGCAUGAGCUUCAUUUCAGUCUGUAGCUGCUGAAUUCAUGGAUGAAUCAUCUGGCACUAGAGAGGAAGACCAUCAAACAUCCACGUCAGCUGAUGGAGGUCCAAGAGUCUCACCCAACAAACAACCUACAGAGUGAAGACCUCCAAUCUGAUUGGACGGCCUCCUAUUCAGCCACAUGUGUGAACAAAUGCCUCUAAGCUGAUUUGUUUUCUAAAAUAAAUCUAGUUUGAGUCCUAA